CUGAAUUUGAAUGUUGAAGCUUGCUCGGUUUCCCUCAUCUAGACUCACAAUGCCUGCAGCGACGCGUUCCUCGACGCGUUCUCUAGCUAGUAGUGCUCCUAUAGAGAUCGUACAGAUGGCAACGAAACGCAAAGCACCUACAUCAACCAAGGCCAAGGCCAAGAAACCCAAGGCGGCACAAGAUGCUGUACAGCAGCAAAUACCCCCAAGCGUGUCACUACCCUGUGGUGCAGCGCCGGCGUUGAUACCAGCACAGCUCUCGUUCUCUUUUGACGAUGCGAAACAGCACCUCAUCAGAGCAGAUCCCCGAUUUGAAGACAUUUUUGGAAAGCUAAGGUGCACACCUUUCGAGGUACUUGAACAAGUACAUCCAUUUAGAUCGCUCGCAACCUCCAUAAUAGCUCAACAGAUAUCUUGGAAAGCUGCGCGCUCUAUCAAUCACAAGUUCAAACGGAUAUAUGACCCAUCUCUCCCGGAGAAUGUCACGGAUUACACUGACAACUCUGCAACAUCCUUUUUCCCAAGCCCUGAGCAGGUGGUUGCUACAGAUCCUUCCAUCCUUCGUUCCGCCGGUCUUAGCGAACGCAAGGGGGAAUAUGUUCAAGAUCUCGCAAGUAGAUUUGCGGAUGGGCGUUUGUCCACCGAAAAGCUGAUCAAAGCCACCGACGAAGACUUAUCGGAAUUGCUAAUUGCCGUCAAAGGUAUUGGAAAAUGGACCGUUGAUAUGUUUGCGAUUUUCUCUCUCCGACGACCCAACAUUCUGCCUGUUGGUGACCUGGGCAUCCAGCGUGGAGUGAUACGAUGGUUUCUGUCUUUGCAUUCUCCCACAUAUAACUAUGCGAUAUCUGAGGAUAAGAAAGGCGGGGGGACUUCGUCAAAAUCCCCGAAGAAAAAGAAGUCUGUAUCCGAAGAGGAGGAAAAUGACAAUAUUAACUCCGUUGCGGACAUAGAAAGACCAUUGACUCCUGACCUUUCUUCAGCACCACCGAGAGGUUUACCAUCCACACCCUUGACGCAGACCGAUACAGGAGCACCCGAUCUGCCUCCCGCGUUCACCCCAUCAAUCAACAAGACUCUUCACAAAGUGCAAGACAUCUCAUUUGUGCCAGAGCCUCUACCUGAAGGGCUUAGUGUGGCCGCGUUGAAAGCCCGCCUCGAAGGGAAGAGAAAGAUCAAGGGUGCCUUGCUUACUCCCGCAGAAAUGGAAAGCCUCACGAUAUCUUGGAAGCCAUAUAGAAGUCUUGCGGUUUACUACAUGUGGGCACUCGCCGAUGGCGAUGAAUCUUAAAUAUUACUGAUUAUCACUAAAUAAGAGUGUUACAUCUUGUAGUAAAGCUGCUCUCCUCGAUUAUGUAUAUUUAUCAGCUGCGCCAC